AUGAAUGUGCACGAGGGCCACUGGAAACUAAUCUCCGGAUUCGUCGUCGAGCUAACACCACCUGAGGAACUUUUCUCCGAGAAUCAACAUACAAUCGUCUUCACCGACAAUACAGACCUGCAUGCAGCAAGUGGUAUUCAUCAAGAGCACUAUAUGAAUUUCAAGGACUACACAGACAUAAAGAAUUGGGUGUACAACUCUCAUCAUCCUCUUGACCUUAUAGGCUAUCUGGAUGGAGUUGAUGAGCUUAAAGUUGUCAAAGACCAGAACUUUACACUAGAUAAUAACAAGAAGACAUCCAGAGUUAUGUUCACCAUCAAGGGCUUAGAUGGAGUAACAAUGGAAUGCAAAGCUUAUGGAGUCUUGGCUGUUCAAAUACAUGAUAAAUGGUGGAGGCAUGGUUCAACAGAAACAUUCAUUACAAUGAGUGACUGGAUGGUUUACCUAGAACAAAGAACCGGAGAGCUCAAGAUUAAGGACGCUAGAGGAAUAUCUAGAUUUCAGUUCAAUGCUAACUAUCAGGAUGUUUAUGACUUCAGCGCUGAAUACUUCAAUGACAGUGAUGGUUCCGUUGAGGAGGUGGUUGUACUAUCUCCAUGA